AUGCAUUGCAUUGCAGUACUAGUAUUAGAUACCCCAGCACCUGGUCUCUCCAAUAAGUAUGGAGAUUUUGGAGACCAGGGUAUUGAAAUGAUGAAAGAAUCAUCUCUGGCAGAUGAUUAUCAGUUUGAUAAAUUCACCACGAUUGGAGAUUUCCAAGUCCCCAGCCUGGAAGAUCUCAGGGCAGGAAAAUACGAUGCCUUGUACUUGUCAGGCUCACGAUGUGACUCGUUUGAUGACUCAAAGGUCUGGAUCUGUCAGUUAGUACAGUAUCUGAAGCAGAUCUUAGAUCUUCAGAAAGAAGAUAAAGACUUUCAGGUGAAAUUAAUAGGAGUCUGCUUUGGUCAUCAGAUCAUUGCCCGAGCUGCCGGACUGCCGGUUGGUCGGAACCCUAAAGGGUGGGAAGUUGGAUUGACUCAAGUGAUGUUCAAUGAUGAAUUUCACAAAACUAUCCAAACAGCCGAGAAUCACUUUCAUGUGGUGGAGAUGCAUCAGGAUACUGUCUUGAUAGACAGGCAGUCUCUAUUACCGGAACAGUGGGUCAUCGUGGGAUCUACCAACAAAUGUUUUUGCCAGGGAUUGUACUGGAGUGAUCAUGUGCUAACUUUCCAGGGCCAUCCGGAAUUUACCACGGAUUACUCGAACAGAUUGAUUGAGUCAAGGGACCGGGACGGAGGGUUGCCGAAAGAGGUUUGUCAAGAAGCGAUGCAGAGAAAUAGACAACUUACCAACGAUUCAUUGAUGUUAUCGAGUAUAAUCAUGAGAUUUAUAAGUAAUUAG